AUGGCAGAGAAUGCUGAUGAUGUGGUAACCCUCGAGUGGGCGAAUGUUUCUGGACAACCGAGUGCUCCUGUGCUCCAUGAGUGGAGUGGUUCCCGUAUGGCUGCAGAGUCGAUGGAGAUAACCCCGGGGACGGUGGUGAAGGAGGCCGGCCUGUGUUUGGGUGCACAUUUGGAGCGGUGCCGCCCACGGAAUAUCCAUUCAGUGCUGCCUGUGGUGACGGCGGCGAUAUGGGCGCCAAUGGACCAGACCAGUGACCAUAAGGCUGAGGGUCUGGUGGUCCUGGAUAAGAAUAAUGGUAAGUCGGAAGCGGGCCGUGAAUGGUUGGUGGAAGAGGAUGUUGAUGAGCAUAUACCGGCUGGAACUGGCUCGAGAGACCGUGAGAUGGAUGAUAGCUUUGCGGGGAUGUCGCCGACAUCGUCGGAAGGAGAAUUUCUCCCGGGUUUUGUGCCAGGUUAUACACAUCCCUCAUGA